AUGUUGGAGGUGAAGUGUCUGAGUGAUGACAAAUUGCAGAAUGAACUCGACAAACUCGGAUUUUCACCUGGCCCAGUACUACCUUCCACCAGAAAAGUGUAUGAAAAGAAGCUAGCGCAAUUGUUGGUCUCAACUUCCUGUGCACCACCCAAGAAGAAUGGACCCAGAGAACUGGACAGAGCUCAGAACAAUGAUGACAGUGAAGAGUUUAAUGCCACUAUCGUUUUGAAACGAAAUAUCACACCCUCAUCAGAAAAAAGCAAGGCACCCAAAAAUAGAUGCAAGACUUCCACCAGUAAACCAAAAGCCGUAGAAAUCUUCUGCUCGGAUUCUAAGCGUACUGAGGGAAGAAGAUGUGCUACAAGAGCACCAAAUAUCAGAUACAAAGCACUGAGGAACCUCAAAGAAAAAGCCUGCUGCAGAGUGAACAGGAGACCUGGAAAGGGGAACCUAGAAAUGUUUCCAAUGGGCUUGACACUUGCUGUGUUCGGCAUCUUCAUUAUUGUGGUAUUUGUCUACAUAACCAUGGAAAGCAAGUAA